AUGCGAGAAGACGCCGACGUCCCACUUCGCAGGAUCCGGCAAGAGAUCGGCCGACCCAUCUGCUCGGCGUUGCUCGAAAUCCAAAAGUACAUCACCCUGGAAGCAAAGUCUCUGAAAUGGUUCCGGUCAUUGGAAUGCCUGUACAUGAAAAGCGACAGUCCGCGGGAUCCUGCACCGUCCAGUAGUCAGCUACUCGGUCGGACGUGCAUCGACCCAUUCGAGUGCGGAGACUACGUCGCCGUCUCAUAUGUAUGCAAUCCGCAGCCGGGGGAGGACGCCGGCACGGGCGGAUAUCGUGUCGAAUCGAGGAGGACGCGGCGGGUGUCGCCCCUAAGUCGAGUGCGAGACGUUGUCUGGGACCGUGUCUCGAACUUCGCCGCCUACAUCGACUGUCCCAAUUUCUGGAUCGACCAGGAAUGUAUCAACCAGGAUGAUGAGAACGAGAAGGAGAUUGCUAUACAGUCCAUGCAUCUGGUCUACCGGCACAGCGACAAUCCCGUGGCGUUACUCACCACGCGCAUUUCCGACCCCGAAGAAUUGGAUCUUCUGGCCGAGCUCUUGAGGGGCAGCUUUGUGGACGACGACGACAACGACGACGAAGAUACAAGACCAGAUCUGAGACUCAAUCCUGACAUGCUGGAGAGCGCUGGGGAUGUCUUGGGGCUCCUGGACUCCAUCACUUCGGACCGGUGGUGGAACAGAGCAUGGCCAUUUCAGGAGGAUUACUGCGCCGCGACGAAGAUGACUCUACUCAUCCCCACGAUCCCUCUCUGGAGGUCCGCAAAAGGCGCAUCAAAGGGAUGUUAUUUGGCCGUCUCCCAGGCGAGCUCUGUGUGA